GAAAGGGGGUGUUGUUAAUAAUCACUCCAGGACAACAGACGGAAAAUGGCAUCAUCCUGGACAAACUGGGAUGCAUGAUCAACCUAUAUAAAGGGUACAAAGUUAGAGGAGAAAUAUGUACAUUUUUACUGUAUUUUACAACAGUACCAGUCUGUGGUGAAUUGGACAUAAAAGCAAUUCGUUUUUAACACACGAAGUUUAAGGACUGUCUUAAAGAACUAGGAACAGUAAAUCACGUGAGACAAGGAACUUAAUUAAUGACGACGCGGCAAUUUCGGGUGCCCGGCACUUACUGGAGUUGCACAAGCAACACACGCCUUCGACUUCAUCCGCCAAUCCUAAGUGGGAGCGCGCGAGCCUGAGCCUGUGGGAGAAUCCUGGGCGGGCCUCGGACGUGAGUGGAGCUUCGCGUCACUCAACUCUGGGGACGGAUUUUGCGCAGGCUCUCGCACCCGGCGCUCUGGCCCACACAGUCGGUACUCUAUGGCAUCUCGGGUUCCCUCUAGCUGCAGUCUGGAGGACUACACUCGUUUUCUUUUCGGCUGUGCGAGGCCCGGCAGCCUCUGCUGAGCUGGAAGAAAGAUGGCGGCAGCCGUGCGGCAGGAUUUGGCCCAGCUCAUGAAUUCGAGUGGCUCUCAUAAAGAUCUUGCGGGCAAGUAUCGUCAGAUCCUGGAAAAAGCCAUUCAGUUAUCUGGGGCAGAACAACUAGAAGCUUUGAAAGCUUUUGUGGAAGCAAUGGUGAAUGAGAAUGUCAGUCUCGUGAUCUCUCGACAGUUGCUGACUGAUUUCUGUACCCAUCUCCCAAACCUGCCUGAUAGCACAGCCAAAGAAAUCUAUCAUUUCACCUUGGAAAAGAUCCAGCCUAGAGUCAUUUCAUUUGAGGAGCAGGUUGCUUCAAUAAGACAGCAUCUUGCAUCCAUAUAUGAGAAAGAAGAAGAUUGGAGAAAUGCAGCCCAAGUGUUGGUGGGAAUUCCUUUGGAAACAGGACAAAAGCAGUACAAUGUAGAUUAUAAGCUGGAAACUUACCUGAAGAUUGCUAGGCUAUAUCUGGAAGAUGAUGACCCAGUCCAGGCAGAGGCUUACAUAAAUCGAGCAUCAUUGCUUCAGAAUGAAUCCACCAAUGAACAGUUACAGAUACAUUAUAAGGUAUGCUAUGCACGUGUUCUUGAUUAUAGAAGAAAAUUCAUUGAAGCUGCACAAAGGUACAAUGAGCUCUCUUACAAGACAAUAGUGCACGAAAGUGAAAGACUAGAGGCCUUAAAACAUGCUUUGCACUGUACCAUCUUGGCAUCAGCAGGACAGCAGCGUUCUCGGAUGCUAGCUACUCUUUUUAAGGAUGAAAGGUGCCAGCAACUUGCUGCUUAUGGGAUCCUAGAGAAAAUGUACCUAGACAGGAUCAUCAGAGGAAAUCAACUUCAAGAAUUUGCUGCCAUGUUGAUGCCUCACCAAAAAGCAACUACAGCUGAUGGUUCUAGCAUCUUGGACAGAGCUGUUAUUGAACAUAAUUUGUUGUCUGCAAGCAAAUUAUAUAAUAAUAUUACCUUUGAAGAACUUGGAGCUCUUUUAGAGAUCCCUGCAGCUAAGCACGGGAGGCCCUGCCGACGUGGGACAAACAGAUCCAGUCCCUUUGUUUCCAAGUGAAUAACCUGUUGGAGAAGAUUAGUCAGACAGCGCCAGAAUGGACAGCACAAGCCAUGGAAGCGCAGAUGGCUCAGUGAAUGCUUGCAGGGCUCUGUGCACACAACAGCUUUUACGAUGUUGUACAGAUUAAUUUCAUGGUCUCUCCAAAGCAUUUGCAUCUGACCUUAUGUAUUUCAAUCCCUUUUAUGCUGGAUUCCAUUUAAAGAAGACAUUGUUAGAACAGGAAGCGCAAGCAUUUAAAAAUAUGUAGUUCCCAUAUAUUCAGGGUCUCUGUGUCUCAAGCUAACUCAGAUGUUCUGAAAGCUUUUUCUUUAAACGGUGUAAGGGAAGUAUCCGUGGCUAAAAGGUUUGGGAUUUGUGAUAACUUUGUAGUCAUGUAAAACGUUAAAGUGCUUCGUGCCUCUCCAAACGUGGUAAUUCUAAUAAAUGGAGAAGUGAGCCAAAUAAAAGUAGUACUUUGUUUUUAAUUAGCGAACAGUGUUUUGUUCGUUUUUCCUUUCAUUUCACUGGACAUUGAUUUAUACCAUGUGCUAGAACCGCAAAGCUGUGCCAUGUCGCCUGUUCUCCAGCCAGUCGGUCACAGAGCCAGUAGCCAGCAUGGGGGAUACUUGUAGUUGCGCCAAGCUCUGGAGCGCAUAGGAAGGAGCUUUUCAUUUCUUAGAGACAGGUCUGGGAAGGUUCCUCAGAGAGGGUUAUUUCAGGCCAGCUUGAUAGAGAAAAUCGGGAAAGAAC